AUAGUGGAUCUCAUUAAAAAUAGCGUAUUUAACUACCAAUUAUUAGUAGCACCCACCACCACACUACUCCGUAUUCCAUAACUAAUUGAGAUCACUCCAUGCUGGCUUUUUAAUUUCACAUUCAACGCGGACGCGUUGAAAUCAUAUUCUCCCAAAUCUAUGGUUGAUAUGAUGUCUCAUCAAUGCAAUAUCUGGAUGUGGAGGAUGACAAUACUCAAACCUCUACAAUUCCACCUUGUCAUUCUGCUGUUGACUAUUUUCCAUGCUGAUGAUCUUCGCUGACAAUACUCUUCUGUAUGAUGGAGAAAGAAGCUCACAAAAAUGUGUUCUUUUUGAAUGGAGUCCAGAGUCAGUUCAAAAAGAAUGUGUUUUUGCAAGCUUCUUUCUAACCAAUAUUAGUUAACUGCCUCCACUAUGAACACUAUUCUACACUAUAUUGUCUCUAAAAGUGCUAUUCUACACUGUCACACACUGUUGAAGUUAAAUACUGCUUAUUCAUAAGAUCUUGACAAAAGAUGCAAGUACAGCUGCUCAAUCCACUGAACAUCUGGCCUUUUUCAUCCAUACUUUGCACAAAGCAGCUGUAAUAUUAGUACAGCUGCUCUGCCCACCAAACAGUUGUUAUAUUGGGGCUGUACUUUUUUAAAGAAGUGGAGAUCUGUACAAAAAGAACGAGUACACACGGCCGCACCGAGUGCGCACCGCUCAUGAGUUGACGGUGUCUCAUUCAUAGUGGAUACUUAUCCUGCACGACAAUGUUCACAAGACGACUUUCAUUGGACUUCAAUCGAGUGGAUAUCAAGAUCACUCUCCACACCGAAAGCCAAGCCCCUAGAGGGCGUAGCAGUGGCAGUGAAACCGGGUAGAAUAGUUUCGCAGCAACCUUCCUUGCUACGAACUAACCAAGAAAGUGUCCCUACGUGUGUUAGCUAGCAAGAUAACAUAUAAAGAUGGUGCACCACCCACUACCCCCCCUCCUCCCCCCCCCCGGGAUUGUCUUGCCACUUUUUCGCUCACAUUGUUUCCUUAACACCAUAGUUUGGCGUGAGGCAAGAUACCAAUGACGACGCCAAAUCAACCGGAUGGCCGCGAGCCCAUCAUUUCGAUUUCUGCCGCGUGGAACUCCUUCAUCAGGCUAUCCGGCAGCUUUGAUUUGAAGCCGAAUGAAGAAGAUAUUGUCCAGCUUCUCCUAGUCUCGAAUUUGGAAAUAGCAAAAGUUAGGCUCUUUGCUUGGGGCAAGGUCAUUGGAUUAAAUUCGGGUGAGAAUGUCGGGGCGCUGCAAAACUAUACAACACGGCUAAACCAGGAACCCAUUGGUGAAAGAGUACUUCGCCAUAUGCUUGCCGUUGAGAAGAUAUUUAACCUCUUCAAAUCGACAAGGGAAUUCCAUGGGAUGACUAUUCGCGUCACUAGCUCUGUCCCUACGGACGGUGGAAAUGGUAGUGGGUCUGCUGCGGGGACAGCAUUGGCGGAUAUGUCAUCAGCACUUAAGCAGUGUUACAGAGCCCUACACAGAUGUAUGGGUAAUUGGUCUAGCGUGGAACUCAACAGUAGGAUAAUGUGGUCUAUUCACGACAAGUCAGAAUUUGGUUUGUUCGUGUCUGCUUUUGGGAAUGCUAUUGAAUCCUUACUUGCCUCCUUUCCCGACUUGAAAAGAGACGUUCAAGAAACUGUGCGCAAUGCGAUACCCUACGAGGGUGAUGCUGCCGGCAGCAGUGUACUCGAACAGCUCCUACAACAAGCUUCCUCCCCAGCAGAAGCCUAUCAGGAUGCCGUUGCCGAAGUGGAGUCGCUUCACAAAAGUAUUAUUUCCACUUCUGGCGACUACCACAUCCCUGCCAUCGCUGGUAUCAAACAUAUCUUCAUGCCGUUAAGUCAAGACCCUCCUAUGUCGAAGGCAGAAUGGAGUGCUGCUACAGCACAACGCCAGGCGGCAAUCAAAUUUUCCGCGGCGGUGUGUCGUGUAGGAGAAAAGGGGGAAGGUAGGGUAGUUAUAGCCAUGAAUCAGAAUUCAUUUCCAUCUUUGCACGUCAGUGCGGCUGCCUAUUGGGAAGAAUUCUGCCAACCUCGUGAGAGCUACGUGCGUGCUAUAAAAGAAGAAAAGGGUUUCAUGGAACCGACUCACUCUUCACUCACACUUUAUCAUCGAGCACAGUACAUGAGAAGACCUCCAUUCCGCCCAUUCUAUCGUAAUACAAGCGAGGAAGUAGUAUUCUUCGAUAUGGAAAGUGAGCCGAGAUAUCAACACGUCUACCCUGGAACAUUAACUGUUGAGGGCUUUGGGCUGGAGGCGUGGAGAUAUGCGAAAGAACACUCAGGCCCACAAUACUCUCACAAAACCGCAUUCUUACAAAAAAUGCCUGCGGUCUCACUGACCAAGCUACUUCGACGAUUUGAGGAACUUCAGUGCGUUGAUAGGCCCUUCGGUUUGAACAUACAGGAGGACGCACUUGACAUUCGCGAAAUUUUUGGCGACAGCUGCUUAACUCCAUUCCAACGAGUCCCAGACGCAGGGUCUGAGAUCCAACAAUUAUGCUCACUACUCGACAUGGAUAAUAAUUUCCGUAAUUUUACAUCGAGUUCGGGUCUCGCAACGGCAUGGGUCGGAGGGUCAUUGCACCCUUUCCUUCGGCAAAUUAUUCUGUCAAGGGAGCUGGCACUCCGUCUCGAGUUCCAUCCAAAUGCACCGCUGCCGGACAUGUCGCCCAAGAUUGUAGCGUCCCUUAUUGUUCAAGACUUGUAUUUUCAAAACGCAAAAAUCUCCCUACAGGACAAACCCAUUCAACUCAAGAAAGUGGAUAAUCCGGACGAAAUACGAGCAGCAGAGGACUUGAAAACCCAGGGUAAUGCAGCAUUUGCAAAGGGCGAACAUCAAGCGGCGGUUGAUUUUUAUACACAGGCCAUCAAUAUUAAUCCCUCAAACGCUGUUUUCCACAUGAACAGGGCAGCAGCAUAUUACCAUAUGAAGAAGUACGAUCAAGCAGCUGAGGACGCAACCUCUGCGACCCAACUUGACCCCCAGUACAUCAAAGCAUGGGUUCGUCGAGCGGAUUCAGAGUUGAAGCUGGAUAAGGCAAAGAAAGCAUACGAUUCCUACCGUAUAGCAAUCGAGCUUUCGGGUAACGAAGCCACUGUGUCGAUGGUAGAAGGACUUGACAAUGCUGAGACGAAAAUCAGAGCAGAUAUGCAGAGAAUCCAGGCAGAGCCCGUGCUCAGCAGGAGGCACGCUCUUCAGAAGGCAUUCCUGGACGAGGACUGGGACAUGUCUGGGAAACUUGGCACUUUUACCAGCUCUGCCAUUGAACGGCAAACCCAGGGACUUCUUUCGUUUGCUUCACAGAUGAAGUGGCCGUAUAUCAAUGAAGUUGAGGAUUACAUCCCCAAAGCAGUGGAGAACUUCCGCAAAUCUGGCUCGAGUCCCCUCCUCCUAUUUGACUGGUUUUACGGCUGUGUUCUACCAGGAAAAUGGACUGCGCUCACAAUCAUGUCCUGUCUUAUCUGGUCCUCGCCGUCGGUUCCACUCGCCGAACCCGCGCCGUACUACGAAUGCGGCCUUUCACUACCAAGCCAAACGUAUUGGAGAGUCCGAACUGUAUUAGGUAGCGUUCUCGGCUGCCUUCCAGGAGUUAAGUCACUGUGCGGAUGGAUCGGACCAUGUCCACCGGUGGAAUUUACCGACCCACCCUCGCACGCAACAAAGGAUUUCAACAAGAAGCCACAUUAUGUCCAUCUCCAAGCAGAUGACGCUGCUAUUGUAAAGGAUCUUUCCACUAUCCCUCACUUCGAUCCCGAGGCUGCCCAUCAACUAUUCUUGGAGGCCUGUUUGCGAAGCGGGGAAAGCUUAGAAAGUAUCGACUUCCUAGAGAACAUAGUAGAUCCUAAGAAAUGGGUGAUCCCACAACCUCUCGCUCGAGCAACAGCCGUUACCUGUUCUAUAAGCGCUAUCCAACUCAAAGCCUUACCCUCCGACACUUGGUCGGAAGGGUUGAAUGAGGCCCAGCUUGAAAGCCAGACUCGAUAUCGAGCGAGCAUUGUGAUAGAGGUCAAAAAUGGCUCGCGCCAAAAGACAGUUAAAUAUGACCUGAAUUACAACUCGAUUUUCGUAACCUUGCCGCCAUGUCAUCUUGGAAAAAGGGAAUCGCAUGAACUCCAUAAGAGGGAGCUACUAAAGGAGAAGGAGAUGGACAUUUGGGCUCUAAUAGGCGGGUCAUCGAGGCGUUCGCUAAUCCCAGGCUUCCGGACUGGUAGUUCUCUUGGUGACCGCUCCAAUAUAAACGACGAUGUCACGAUCAUUAAUGUUGGUAAUGUUGGUAGUAGCGGGGAAGCUGAGGUUCUCGCAAGAGCUUGGUGCUCGGAGCGUGGGAAAAAUGCAGUAAUCCGACGGAGCGGAGGACCUUGCUUAACAUGUGCGAUACGAGCGGCGCGUCCUCCUCCAGUUGGGUUGGGGACGGACGUUUUGAUUUGGCUCUCUUGAACCAUUUUACGAAACAGGAAGCCGAAUAUGCAUUUUUGAAUGAUUUUCCUUCUCAUAUUUUAAAUGUCUCCAGCACCCGAGGCUGCGAAGGCUCAGCCUUUCCUACCAGUUUCAUCGUUCAGUUGUGGGCUUGGAAAGUGGCACCAUCCUAAGAUGAACCACGGUGGUGCUGACGACCAGGCCAGAGGUUAUUUUCAUUAUUUUUUAAAGCCUAUAGAGCAUUCAACUAUAGCAAAUGCAAAGGGAUCUCAAUUUGGUUAUAUCCUUUAUAUCCUGCUCAACCCUUCUCUGAAAAUACCGUUCCGCGCAACCAAAAUAAUAAAACAAAAUGCAAAAAUUCUUUCAGAUAGAUCACGGUUAAAUAUCGUCAUAUACCCUAAGAAAUAGCAACGAAAAACGGUUUCUGCCCCUCACCCUUAACAACAUUACUCAUCCUCACCAACUUGUCCCCAACUGCCAACCUCAGCUUCUCCGCCGUGGCCGGACUAUCCAGAACCAACUUCUCUUUGACUCCAUGAUCCUUUCGAGCACUGAGCAGCGCAUCUCUCAGAGCGAACAGAACCGUGGCGCCCAAGAACAGCGGUGGUUCACCGACGCCCUUACUGCUCUGGAUAGACCGGAGGUGCUUCCACGACACCCCUUGCAGGAAGCUAACAUUGAACUCUUGCGGGAUGUCGCUGAACCCAGGAAUCUUGUAUGUGCCGGGGCCACGUGUCGCAAGGUGGCCGGAUUUGCUGUGCCAGAGGGACUCUUCGAUGCUGUAGAGUCCUUGUCCCUGAACAAAGGCUCCCUCAACUUGACCGUAGUCGAUGGCUGGAUUGAUUGAACGGCCCACGUCCAUUUUUAUGUCGGUGCGGAGGACGGUGUGGUCCCCCGUAAGGACGUCCAGUUCAACUUCGGUGCAAGCAACGCCCUAGAAACAUAUCAUAGUUCAGCAAUCCACCAUUUCUGACAAAUAGGGAGUAGGGGGUAAAUUAAGUGAGCCAUACCUGAGUGAAAUAGUAGUACAUUGGUUUGACGGUGUCCGGAUUAUAAUUGCCCCAUUUAUGGCCGAUCUUGGGCAUCUUCCAAAACCCUGUCGCAACCAAAUUCACGCGGUCUCUAUAUGCAGCAUGCGCAAUUUGCGAGAGCGGCGCAUCCCUACCAAAUUUCUCCCAGUACGGUUUGAGACGUUCGUUGAGCUGGUCACACGCAUUCUUGACUGCCAUGCCAUUAAGGUCACUACCAGAAGACGCAGCCGUGGGCGAGGCGUUGGCAAUCUGAUAUGUUGCAGUGUCCUGCGUAUAAAUGGAGUCUAUGGGAGCGUUCAACUCUUGAGCUGCAACCUGGCACAUCUUCGUAUACAGGCCCUGACCCAUUUCCGUUCCACCAUGGCUGAGGAGGAUCGAGCCAUCAGCGUACAUUUUCACAGAUGCACCCGCCUGGUUGAGAUGGAUUGCUGUUGCGAAUGAGAGGCCGAAUUUUGUUGGUACCAGGCAAAUACCGCGCUUCUUCCACUUGUUUCGGGCAUUGAACUUGGCGAUUUGCGCCUUGCGCUCGUCAUACUUGGCUUCCUCUCGGACUUGCUCGAGCAACAUCGGAACAUGCCAAUCUUCAUCAAUCACUUGGUGGAAUGGGGUCCGUUGACCUUGUUCGUACAGGUUCUUCCAACGGAGCUCGUCUACUGGCAUGUUCAGCCCCUCGGCAAUCGUAUACAUGAAACUUUCAGUGAUAAACAUGGCCUGUGGUCCGCCAAAGCCUCUAAAAGCAGUGUUUGUAACUGUGUUAGUUUUGCAUACCCAUCCACGGAUAUGUGCAUUGGGGAAAUAAUAACAAUUGUCAAGAUGUGUGCAGCAGCGGUCCAUGACAGCUCCGCUCAUAUCCAGGGACCACCCGGCAUUGCCGUAGCAGUCCGCAUCAAUGGCGACAAGCUUUCCAUCGUUCAUUACACCAAUUUUGUAGCGGCACAUAAUGGGAUUUCGUUGUCCGCUUGUCAUCAUGUCUUCGUCGCGGUUCAACAUAGCUCUCAUUGGGCGUCGUUCUUUUUUCGCAGCUAUCGCAAGUAUAGCAGCUAGCUGAACGCUUCGAGACUCCUUGCCACCGAAAGCACCUCCCAUCCGUUUGACUCUCGCAUUGAUACGGUUGCUUGGAACUCCAGUCACGCGGCUGACAAAUUCCUGAGUCUCCAUUCUGCGGCUUUGUUAGUACCUGAACUGUUAUGAAUUAAAUACAAAGAAAAAAAAAAAAAUACUUACGUAUUUUGAGUUGAGGACCAAACAUCCAUUGUACCAUCCUCAGCAUGAGGGACAACCAAGGCAGCAUUUGUCUCUAAGUAAAAGUGCUCUUGCCCUCCACAUCUAAUCGUUCCCUCGAAAAUUCUGUCGCACUUGGCGAAUACCUCCGCCAUUUUCUCGGGUGGUGCACCUUUCCGAAGUUCCUUUCCAUGCUUGAAGAAGCUCUUCGCUUCGAUGGCUUCAUCAAUGGUCAAGAUAGCCGGUAAAUCCUCAUAAACCACCUUAACAGCUCGUGCUGCAGCUUGUGCUUUAAGGGCUGUCUCGGCAUAUACCAUUCCAAUUGGCUGACCAUGUGAGUGCACCUCGUCGAGCGCGAAAAAAGGUUCGUCCUUGACAAUAGAUCCCCAAAAGUUCAUUUCGGGAUCAACGCUAUGUUUGUCUACGUACCCAACUGCUAAGCCCGGAGCAAGAGCUGUAGUCCAGUCCACUGAUAUGAUCUUUGCGUGGGCCCUUUCUGAAAGAACAAGUGCACCGUAAAGCUCAUUUUCUUGAUACGGCAUGUCAUCAACAUAUUCUGCCUCGCCAGUAGCGUGCUUCAAGCCAGAAAGAUGGGGGAUCUGCUUGCCAACAACGCGUUGUUCAUGGGGGUUAUAAUUAUCCCUGGUCCCGAUGGAGAUAUUUCGGUGUAUUUCCUCAACAAGUGCCUGGUCCACUUCUGCGAGCUCAAAAUCGGCAUUCACCUCGUGCCAGAAUCGGAAGAAAAGCGACAAAGCUAGCGUCCUACGAUAAGCCGCCAUACCUCCCGGGACGUCAUAGGGAAGCGGGAAAUCCUCGAGCAACGUUUGAAGUGCUCCAUCGAGGGUUUCCGCUACGGACCACUUUUUCCCUAUCAAGUAUCUGAUUGUUUUAGGAGCCAGAACAGUCAUUGGCGCCAUCCCGCCAUACGCCAAUGAGACAUCUUUAACGGUAUCUCCUUCAUCAAAUCGAACCCUGAAACCUGCCGUGACAAUGGCAAUGUCGUCAUCCUUUCGCUUGGCUUGUUUGUAUGAUUUGGUCACUUCGCGAACAUCUGCAGGGGGAAUAGGGACGCGAAUUUGAGUGAUGAUUCCCCCUUGGGGUAGUGCAGUUUUCCGAUAUCCACGGAACAUGGUUACCAUUGGAAUCGAAUGCUCCUUCUCCGCUGUCUUGGCCACUACAGUUGCAUUUAUAGCCAAAAGUACUGGGUUCAUAUCUGAUAUAGGGGAAGCCGUAGCAAUAUUUCCAGCUAGUGAUGCCACAUUUCGAAUCUGGCGCCCAGCAAAGUAUCUGAGGACCUUCGCCAUAGCACUGAAGACAGACCCUCUUCGGCCCAGUUUUGAGGAUAGAUCAUAGCAAAGAUUUUCAAUAUCGGUCAAUGGCGCAUUCCCACCAAUAACAAGUUCCUUCGCCUUUGAUAAAUCAGCGGGAAUCGAUAUUGUGUUCAUCUCCUCGAUGUCCGAAACAAAGACAGAAACAGCAAACUCUGAGCCUUUAAAGCGGAUCUCAACUUGGAUUUCGCUCGCACCGCUGACAAUGGUUGCAGAUGGGAAUGUAGCCAUGAUGUCAACUAAUUGCUGUAAAUUCGUUGGGCGGAGCCAUAUUUUCUUCUCGUCGCCAUAACAUAGGGGCUGGUCGACAAACUUCGAUAGUGCAGGUGGGUAGAUCAACUCUGCUGAGGGAGUAUACUCGGCAAGCUCAAUCUGGGGUUCUUUUUUACACGCCGGAAGUGUGAUUUCUUCGGAAAGACUAGUCUCAGAGCUAUUGUCGUCUACAGAAGUGGAGCCAAGCGAUGUGGAGGGAUCCGAUGCAGGGGGUUCCUUACUUGGCUUAUCGCGGCAACAUCCCCCAGGUCUUCCGCAUGAGCCACUUGAGGAUUUCGAAGCUUUAUCAAACUGGCCUUGUAGAUACGUCGCUGCCUCAUGUUCGGUAUCCUUCUCAGCAUCGACUGGAAGAGAGUUCUUGCCUUCGACCAGCUGCCCCUUAAGGUCCUCAACAAUGAAAGUCCUAGCGGCUUGUAGAAUGGGCUUGUAACCCGUACACCGACAUAGGUUUCCAUCCAGAUGGCCUUUCAUUUCAAUAUCGUUUUCUGAUAGAGAAAAUUUGCCGGUUUCCGGGUCAUAAGCAUUUCUAAUAAUGGAGUACAGGGACAUAACUAUGCCGGGUGUACAAAAUCCACAUCUGCAUUGAAUGCAUAUUUAGCAUAAAACAUACACGACCCCUUUCCGAAAGGUAAGAUAUGACAUACUGUGACCCAUGAAGCUUACCCAUCCGUUCCUGCAACGGGUGAGGCUUAUCAACACUCCCAAGCCCUUCCACGGUAAUGACAUGUUUCCCGACAACUAGAGUAACAACCUGGUUAAACACAAAAAGACAACAGUCCCUUGAUAUACCAGAGUGAAAUUAGAAUUUAUAAGUAAGAAAAGCGCGAACUCACCUCCCACUAGCGGGAACAGACAAGCAUUUACAGACAGGUGCUUGAUUCUUCUUAGGUUUUUGGCGUCUCUUACUUGUAGCACCACCGUGCAAGCGCCACAGCCACCCUCUCCACAUCCCAACUUUGUUCCUUUCAAACCACGCCGUGAUCUGAUAAAGUCCAACAGAGUCCAGUGCGGGUUAGGGUUUCUCAACUCAACCUUGGCCCCGUUGAGAUAGAACUGCAGGACUGAGGUAGUAUAUGUGGAUUUGACAAGUGCCUGCAGUGCGUCGUCGGAGGGGAUGGAAGCCGCCUCCGAGUUUGGUACGGGGAGACCCAUGAUGAAUGGAAGAAGUUAUAGUAUGAUAAUAGGAGAUACGAGCAGAGCUACAGGACGGGGGAAUAUGGGGCGUUUAAAGUGUUUCGUUGCAUGAUAUAUAAAAAAACAGGCCCUUUUGGAAUGACAGCCAAGGAACGUGAGAGUUGCCGCCAGAGAUUCAAAAAUGUUAUAGUCCGCUCCUCCGUUCGCCGCGCUGUGAUAGGGCGCAGGACACUUACACAGGAAGUAUGGAGUUCUGGCUUGAGACAGACAAGAUGACAGUCCAGAGCCAGAUGCAACGAGUCAGGAUGGAUCAAUUUGUCAUGACACGACCUAGAUGUACAUGUAUAUGUACAUACAUAUGUAUGUAGAGUAUGCGCUGCAUGGAUGUAUAUAACCUUACCAG